AUGGCAGCUAUGGCAACAGAUGACAUUUCCACAGUCUUUCUUAUCGGCCUCGUAAAGCUGUGGCAGAAUAAUCGAGAGCUUCGAAAGUACGAAGUUAUUGACGAGGAACGGCGAUGCCGAAUUACAGAGAUGAAGCACUGUGGGAUCCGCCACUUGAGCUACUCAAAUGUUCCGUUUGGCGUGCGAGCAAUCGAACGCGGAGUCGAGGUUGAAGGGAUAUGGAUAGCCAGCUCCAGACCAGCGGCGGCUAGUCGGAUUGUUCCCUCUGCGCCUUUGGCCACCGGAGGCUCGAAACAGGCCGUCCCUGGUGGAGAAAAGGUAUAUUACUGCUUGGAAGAUGCUCAGGGAAAAGUCGGUGAAUCGUCGAAUUCAGCAUUUACCCUCCCCGGUGCGCCAUCCCAAGCACCCGAUGCGCACCAUGUGGCCGAGAAUUCCGACUACGCAGUGGAAAACAACGACGAGAAUCGUGUGCCGGCGACAGCGGACGGCACUGUAUAUAAACCAUCCGGCUCAGGCAGAAUUUCCUUGCAAGGCUCAGAGAGAAGCUUCACCCUCUCCCCUCAACAGAUCGCAAGGCACAGACCGAGGUCUAGGGCGGUAUCGCUGGACUCGAGUGUUGUCAACAGCCUGCAGAAUACGAGACAGGUUUACGGCUCUGCCCAGGUAUUCGUGAACAGGACGCAUCGCAGGCUGAACUCUGGAUUUGAGGUUCUCCCGGCGGGUACAUUGGGCGCUCGAUCCGAAUUUCCAACUGCAAGGCCUGGUUCAAGUCGAGACCGCCAUAGCAUAGAACUACAGACACGGCCGCCGCCUGCCAAACUACAGAAGCAAAGACGGUAG